AUGGCUCCAGCGCAGGAUACCAUGUUCCGCUCGGCGGACAUGAGUAUGGUGCAGCUGUACAUAUCCAACGAAAUCGGCAGAGACGUCGUGACAGCUCUCGGAGAGCUUGGCCUCCUCCAAUUCCGCGAUCUUAACGGCGAAGUCAAUGCUUUCCAGCGAACCUUCACGCAGGAGAUUCGACGACUAGAUAACGUCGAGCGCCAAUUGCGAUACUUCUACGCGCAAAUGGAAAAGGCAGGCAUUCCACUGCGGAAACUCGAUCUCGAUAAUGAAAGGCUGGCGAAUCCUUCGACAUCCGAGAUUGAUGAACUUGCCGAGCGGAGCCAAAGCCUUGAACAACGCGUUUUUCAGUUGAACGACAGCUACGAGACGCUGAAGAAGCGUGAGGUCGAGCUGACAGAAUGGCGCUGGGUACUUCGCGAAGCUGGGGGCUUCUUCGAUCGCGCUCACGGUAAUGUAGACGAGAUUCGCGCGUCGACAGAGGAAGAUGAUGCACCUCUCCUUCAGGACGUCGAGCACCACAACUCCGCCCCCGAGGUCGAACGGUCUUUCUCAGGCAUGAACAUUGGCUUUGUGGCCGGUGUUAUUGCUCGCGAUAGGGUCGCCUCUUUUGAGCGCAUCCUGUGGCGCACCCUUCGCGGAAAUCUGUACAUGAACCAGUCGGAGAUCGAGGAACCCCUAGUGGAUCCUUCGACCAACGAAACUGUGCACAAGAACGUCUUCGUCAUUUUUGCCCAUGGCAAGGAGAUUCUUGCCAAAAUCCGCAAGAUUUCCGAGUCUUUGGGUGCGGAGACUUACAAUGUCGACGAGAACAGCGAUCUUCGCCGUGACCAGAUGCACGAGGUCAACGCUCGCCUCAAUGAUGUUCAGAACGUCCUCCGCAACACACAGCAGACCCUCAGCGCGGAACUCACUCAAAUAUCGCAAUCGCUGUCAGCCUGGAUGGUGCUUGUUACAAAAGAGAAAGCUGUUUACAACACACUGAACAACUUCUCAUAUGACAAGGCCCGCCGCACUUUGAUUGCUGAGGGUUGGGCUCCCACCAACGAGGUUAGUCGCAUCCGUGCGACGUUGCAGGAGGUAACAAACCGGGCUGGUCUCUCCGUUCCUUCGAUCAUCAACGAAAUCAGGACCAACAAGACUCCUCCCACCUACCUCAAGACCAACAAAUUCACCGAGGCAUUCCAAACUAUUGUCAAUGCUUACGGUACUGCUACCUACCAGGAAGUCAACCCAGCACUUCCGGUUGUGGUCACCUUCCCUUUCUUGUUCGCCGUCAUGUUCGGUGAUCUGGGCCACGCCAUUAUCAUGCUUUCAGCUGCCCUGGCCAUGAUCUAUUGGGAGAAGCCCCUGAAAAAGGUUUCGUUCGAACUUUUCGCGAUGCUCUACUACGGACGCUACAUUGCUCUGAUCAUGGCGCUCUUCUCGCUUUUCACCGGUCUUGUUUACAACGAUAUCUUCUCGAAGUCCCUUACGCUGUUUGACAGCGCCUGGCACUGGCGGGUGCCCGACAAGUACGUGGACGGACAGACACUUACCGCCGCACUCAACGAUUCCGGUUACCGUUACCCGUUCGGCUUGGACUGGAUGUGGCACGGUACAGAGAAUGACCUCCUCUUCUCGAACAGUUACAAGAUGAAGAUGAGCAUCAUUCUUGGCUGGGCACACAUGACCUACUCACUGAUCUUUUCCUACGUAAACGCCAGGCACUUCAGAAAGCCUGUUGAUAUCUGGGGCAACUUUGUUCCUGGCAUGAUCUUCUUCCAGUCCAUUUUCGGCUACCUCGUCCUUUGUAUCAUCUACAAGUGGUCGGUCGACUGGAACGAUCCUUCAAACCCUAGGCAGCCGCCUGGUCUUCUCAACAUGUUGAUCUACAUGUUCCUUUCACCUGGUACCCUGGAUGUUCAGCUCUACCCUGGGCAGGCGACUGUGCAGGUCAUUCUGUUGCUGCUUGCAUUCGUACAAGUUCCCGUUUUGCUAUUCCUAAAGCCCUUCUGGCUGCGCAGGGAGCACAACAGAGCUCGUGGUCUCGGCUACAGGGCUGUCGGCGAGACUUCCAGAGUCAGCGCUCUCGAUGGCGACGAUGAAGACGACAGCAAUGGCCACGUAGCGAACGGGCGUCCUAGUACCGACUCUGUUGGCGAGGGCGUGGCAAUGAUCACACAGGACCUCCACGGCGAUGGCGAGCAUGAGGAGUUUGAGUUCAGCGAAGUCAUGAUUCAUCAGAUUAUCCAUACUAUCGAGUUCUGUCUCAACUGUGUGUCCCACACGGCUUCCUACCUCCGUCUCUGGGCUCUGUCGCUGGCUCAUCAGCAGCUCAGUGUUGUGCUGUGGUCGAUGACUCUUGGCGGUAUUCUCGCCUCCCCCAGCGCUACUGGUAUUACUGGCGGUAUUAUGAUCGUCGUUGCAUUCUACCUGUGGUUUGUCCUUACCAUCGCCAUCCUGGUCAUGAUGGAAGGUACCAGUGCUAUGUUGCACUCUCUGCGUCUAGCAUGGGUCGAGUCAUUCUCCAAAUUCGCAGAGUUCGCCGGCUGGCCCUUCCAGCCAUUUUCCUUUGCCACUACUUUGGAAGAGUCGGAAGAGUUGUCAGAGUACCUCGGUUAA